ACAACAUUCUAAACUUCUGCUGACUGGACCACAUUUCCAUCUCAUUUUUGGACUCUGUCUUUGUUGACACGUGUAAUAUAACAACAAUGUGUAUUUAUAAUACUCUCACUGGAUGUAAUAAGACGUCGUUAUUUGCUACUCACCGAAGGAGUUAAAUAUUUAACACAUCCGCAUUGGUAGAGCUCUUUGUGUCACCUGCUUUGAAAAACUCUUGAACUGCACCGGAAAGUCAUCUUGCAGGUCACCUUGGCAUACAUUGAUGCAGGAAAUACUGUGAAAUCAAAUCUGUUAAGACAACUUGCCCUCGACAUUCAGUCUUCAGAGUAAAAAUCCUCUACACUAUGUCAUCUAACCAGUUGUUCAAAAGCCAACAUGAACAGGCCUACAUGUCCCUGAUGAGAGGCAUGAAGGAGCUGGACCUACAGGGACCCUGUGUUCCCAGUGACCUGUUGCUGAUUGGAGACCAUGCCUUUCCUUUAGCAAUGAACAGCCGAGGUCAGGUCCUGAUGGCUGCCUCUCUGUACAGCAGUGGAAGGAUUGUGGUCCUGGGUCAUGAGGGCUACUUGACAGCCUUUCCUGCUCUGGUAGAAAAUGCUCUGACCUGGCUGAGAGGUGAUGGCUCUGAUAACCUCUCAGUAGGGGUGCACAGAAGUGUAUGUGCAGUUGCUAAUAACCUCCAAAAAUCCAGCUUCCAAGUAGAAGUUGUGGGAGCUUUCAGUGACAAACAGGGAGUUGGUGUUUAUGUGACCGAUGCCUACAGUGUGGGCUCAGACCCAGUGGAGCUGGUGGCCUUUCUGAAAGCUGGAGGAGGGGUGCUGAUAGCUGGGCAGGCGUGGAGUUGGGCUGCAGAUCACCCCAAAGAGAACGCACUGCAUCAGUUUGAUGGGAAUAAAGUGUCGGGAGUGGCAGGAAUCUACUUCACUGAGCGUUGUGGUGAAGUGGAGAACCUGCCUGUCUACCCUCAGAUCCCGUCCUCCUGGAUGUCUGUGGUCUUGGGUAAGGAUUUUGAAGACGACUUGCAGUUCUUACUCCAGGGGGUUUCAGAGUUCCAGCUCCCGUCUAAUUUAACUGCUUCGGAGGUUUUAGUCCAUGGACCGCUAGCAUUUCCCAUCGCGACCACAGAUGAUGGACGGGCGUUCCUGGCAGGAGGCUACUAUGGACAGGGACGAGUGAUUGUGGCUACACAUGAAGGAUUUCUGGGACUUGAGAGUAUGGCUCCAUUUUGGCAAAAUGCCAUUCACUGGUUGGAUGAAGGCCGCAGAGGGGUUGUUGGUGUCAUGAAUAUAGAUGCUGCAAUCAAUAUUCUCAGCAAGUCAGGGCUGAAGUGUGAGAAGACAAAAUUCAGGAAAGACCUCAGCGUGUUUGUGUGUAAAGCGUAUAUCACUGAGCAUUUGGAGGAAAUCAAAAACUUUGUGGCAGAGGGAGGAGGCCUGCUGAUUGGAGGACAUGCCUGGUACUGGGCACAGACACAUAGUGGGCAAAAUCCACUUACAGAAUUCUCAGGAAACAAGAUCUUAAAUCAAAUGGGAUUGAGCCUGUUGGGCGCAACAAUCGGAGGAGGAACAUACAAAGCUCUCGUACCCACCCAGGCUAUUAAAGACAGCUACCACUUCCGCCACCUUCUAUACCGCUUUGCUGCCCAUGUGACUGCAGGUGAAAACCUUAGCCAGCAUGAGGAGAGAUAUCUGAAAAGGCUGGGCAACGACUGCAAUGCCUACUUGCAGAUGAAAGCCCAUGACUCCUCCCACUACCGGCAAGUGUUGGCCACACUCACUGACUUAUUAAAGAGGUCAGGCCUGCCACAGGUGAGUGACAGCUGCCCUGUAAAGAGUCCCAAAGACCACCUCCUCCUCGCUGUGGGUACCCAGGUAUACAAGGUUUGCCCAGAUCCCGAUGCCCUCCUGCCCUACCUCAUCAAGGACAACCCAAUGAUGCCUGUUGUCUAUAACCACCGGAUCAAGGUUGAUGUUGAUACAGCAGAUAGGGAAGAGUGGAUCAGUACAGGUCUCUACCUCUCUCCUGGUAUGAAGACCUACAUCGCUAUACCACCUCAGAUUGUCAACAAGGAUUGGAAGAUUCAGAUAGGAUGUCAAACUGAUUCACUGCACCACCAUGAGGAGCUGAAGAGACCACCGUCUGUCCAUGAGCGAUUUCCUGUCACAUCAGAGAUGAUACAGGUUUGGAACCUUUGGGGAGGGCUCAUCUUCCUUGUGGCCCCACCCAAAACACAAGUGAAGGUGUUGGAAGUCAUAGUGCAGAUGGCUGUACCUGCUCCAUACUAUAAGUCUGAUGUAACAACUGCAGCUCAGUGGUCGUUGCUGCGCACAGCUCCUUCACCCUGGGCAGAGUUGGAGUUUGAAAACAUCAUUCUCACCGUACCGUCAGAUGCUGUUCGGGGUCUGGAGCGCCCUGACGAGCUAGCCGCUCUGUGGGAUGAAAUCAUGAGGGCCAUUGCAGAUCUGGCUGCCAAACCACACAAAUUUCCCCGCAAGGAGCGCUUUGUGACAGAUGUGCAGAUUUCUGCUGGCUGGAUGCAUGCAGGUUAUCCUAUCAUGGCACACAAAGUCUCAGCUGCUGAGCUGGUCGGUGUUAAAAAAGGUAAAGAAAUGUGGGGCCCCAUCCACGAGCUGGGACACAACCAACAGAGAGGCUGCUGGGAGUUCCCACCAAACACCACAGAGUGUACAUGCAACCUGUGGUCAGUGUAUGUGCAUGAAGAGGUGCUGGGUCUCCACAGAGGACAGGCUCAUGGAGCUAUGACUGCAGAAAAUCGACAAAGUCGAGCCAAGGAUUACGUCGCAGGAGGCAGGAAACCAGAGAGCUGGAGCAUGUGGGUGGCUCUGGAAACAUAUAUGCAGCUCCAGGAAAGGUUUGGCUGGGAUGCCUUUAAGAAGGUGUUUACUGCGUAUCAUCACAUGAAAGACAUCCCCAAGGACAACAAAGGAAAGAUGAACCUGUAUGCUGAGACUUUCUCCCAGACUGUGGGGAUGGACCUGACUGGCUUCUUUAAGGCCUGGGGCUGGCCAAUAGAAACAGCCACUGAAGGGAAGCUCUCCCAGCUGCCUUCCUGGAACGAUCACCCCAUGACCCAGUAUGACUAAACCUCAAACCACUGCAGUGUGCAGAGAAAUGGUUUCAACCAAUAUCUUAAUUUGAAGUGAAUGAUGAGCAACACGGUGAACUGAUUUGGUGUCUGGUGUUCUGUUUUAACAACAUUUAUUAGAGUAUCUGAAUAGAGAAACAGAAAUGGUGGACUGAGGUUGUAGGUAUCGAAUCUUUCCCUUUAUUUUGUACAAAGCCAAAUAAUUUUGUUCCCUGCAGAAAAUGCAACUUGAUGUUUGUGACUUGUGAAAACUGGAAGACAUUACAUUACUAAACAGAGAUUGUUUCUGAAGA